AUGAGUCAUAUUCCAGGAGUAUUGUUCUUCUGGAAAGAUCCGGAAAGACCAAUUGAUAUGAUACUUCUCCAGUCAGAUCAGUCCAAGAGUUUUGACAAUACAUUGCAUCACGAAAGCCCUGUGAUGCAGCAUAUUAUUAAUUACCCAAAAAAUUCUAGGGUGGUAGUUUCUGCUCCCAAAGGACCAGGUCAACACAAUUUUGCCUUUGACAAUAUCGGAAAGACCUGCUCACUUUGUGGAAAAGAUUUUGAUUGCUUAGCAGCUCAUAUUGCUAACGAUAUUAGCCCUCAAUAUGCCGAUAGAAACCUAGCAUCACAACGACAGACUACGAACACUGCUGAGCCGACCACCCCUGAUCACAAAGACGAUUUCGUUAACGAAGACCUACACGUUGAAUCCGAUUUGGAGGAUGAUGACAGCAGCAAUGUUGUCAACAUGAACAGCAAUGGUGACAAUAAUGUUAGCGAGAUUGAACUCGAUGCCAGUGAAAGUAUUAUCGAGAUGGAUGAGGACACCAGGCCCUUUGAAAGUCCAAGUCCAGGCAACCACCUAUACAUGCAUAUAAGAAAUAGUAUGUUGUCUUCUGCAUCCAAUACCAGCUCAUCGUUGGAUGCAGAUCUUGAUUUACUGAGAGAAGCAACUGGAUCGCAUAUGACAUGGAACCAGUAUAAAUCAGAUACCCACCUGUUCCCAGAUCUCCAGUCUAUGGUACUGCUUGCUUUUGUUGAUGGCAAUAAUGACAUGGUAUCUCGCAGGAUCUUGAAAAAGAUCCUGUUUGCCAUAAGUCUUGUCCUUAAGCUUCACGAGGAAGCUAUCCAAAAGAAGUCCCAUUCAAAAGUCAAUAUCCAGUUGCCGGAAAACAAGACCACGUCUGCUUAUAUCAACUUGCCUUCAGUCCACGUCCAGUUUCUUGCUGUCAACCUCAAGAAAGCAAGAAACAUGUUUUCCCUCUCUGAUCGCACUCCUAACCAGUCCAUUUGUCUACAACAAGGCGAAAAGUGA